AAAAUAUUUAGCAACACGGGAAAUUCACCCACUUGUGAUGGUCCUUCAAUUGAUCGUCGUUCUGUCCAGUGCAAUACUCCACUGUGCUGCGCAUGGGCAUCAUGGGGUCCACCACAAUAUGGCCAGUGUAGCAAGACAUGUGGAGGGGGAAUCAUGUAUUCGACACGCUAUAGAACAAAAACAUUUGGCAAUACAGGAAAUUCACAGACUUGCGAUGGCCUCUCAGUGGAUCGUCGUUCUGUCUCAUGCAAUAAUUGCCCGUGUAUACCGUGGGGACCAUGGACAGACUGGAAUUGUACCGAAUGUGUACACGUAAAUGAAUCACAACCAUAUGACGAGAUCCAAGAUCCUGAUAAUGGCCACGAUCCUGAUAAUGGGUAUGAUCCAGAUAAUGGGAAUGAACAUUCCAAAUGCUUUAAGGGUACAAGAACAUGCAAAAGAACAAGAGAAUGCCCUCCGUGUACAUUUCCACCACUCCCAUGUCCGGAGCCAACAUCAGAGACGAAUGUCCUCCGAGGAGUCACUGGAAAUAUGACGCUUCUCCACCAUGGUGCUGCAUCAAUGGGACCUGGCAUCAACCGUUUCAAAACAACCUUUACAAAUGUGAGAAGAUCUCAGAUGGUUUGGAAAUAAUCAAGUCAUGUCCACGUGGUGAAAAGUUCAAGAUA